AUGAUCGCCACCUCUGGCAUCCAACAUCAACACUCGCACGAGUCGCACUACCGAUCCGCCAGCCGGUCAAGAGAAGCUCCUACGAGACGCCCUUCAAGUCCGAGAUACUCCAGCAACACUCCCACCCGCCAAAAGCGCUCUGACUGGGAAUCGGCCGAGGCCCCGGAGAAGCACGCGCCGCCUAGUGGAGGUGCAUCUCGCUUCCCCUCGCCCCCCUCAUCCUCGUCACCCACGCGAGCGAGGCCUCAGCAUGCCGAGAGCCCCGCAUACAUGGCCACCGACUCUCGCGAUACCAGCCAUGCUGCUUCCGUAGUGGCCCCCGAGGGCACCGCCCCCGCCCUGCGCCAGGAGCAGCAGCAGCCCUCGCCCGCCUCCGACGGCAACGGUGCCGCUGCCCCUUCCUACCCUCUCUCCGAUACCUCGUCUCCCCGCCAGGAGCCUCAAGGCCAGACGACAAUUCAUAUCCGCGACUUGGCACAUAUCCAGAGCUUGGCCCAGGCCGACAUGGUGACGGGCAACGGGCCCGGCAUCCUUGGCGAUCCGCCGCUGCAGCAGAUGAAGUACGAGAUCAGCGCUAUGCCCAUUGGCGAUAUCAUCGAAAUGGUGGCUGCGCUUCUCACCAAAAUCACAACUACAAACGACUUGCAGCACGACGCCAUGCAGCGAAACGUGGCCCAUCAGCAGCAGGCCAGCCAGAAUAACGAGUCAGGCAACGGCACGCCCAUGAGCCCUCUCAGCACUUCGGUCCUUGCGUUCCAUGGCAAGAACAUCCCUGCCAUUACCAUUCUUAGCUACUUGUCCCGUAUUCACAAGUACUGUCCCACCACAUACGAGGUCUUUUUGAGUUUGCUGGUCUACUUCGACCGUAUGACGGAGCGAGUCAAUGAGAUGGUGGUCAAGCACGAAGAGGCCAGGAGACAGUCUACGUCGCAGUCAACUCCCCGGACACCGUCUGCCGACGUGGAAAUGCGAGACGAUGACGAGACGGACUCGGAUCUUGCCGACGAUGACGACAUGGACGAGAAGAGCGCGAAACCUACCGGCGGGGGCAUUGUGCCUCAGCCCACACCUCCGGGCGCGCCCGGAACGGCGACAUAUUUCGUGGUCGACAGCUUUAAUAUCCAUAGGCUGAUUAUCGCCGGUGUAACAUGCGCAAGCAAGUUCUUUUCGGAUGUUUUUUACACCAACUCUAGAUACGCAAAGGUCGGCGGGCUUCCAUUGGCCGAGCUCAACCAUCUCGAGCUGCAGUUCCUGUUGUUGAACGACUUCAGGCUUGCGGUGCCCGUGGAGGACCUCGAAGCCUAUGCGACCAUGUUGGUGGAGUUUUACGCACGGGAAGUGGUCGCGCAGCGAUCACGACCUGCCGCCGGCGAUUCUUAG